AUGGAGAGGUGUAGCAGGCAUCCGGGUGAAAGGACAGAACUAUUCUGUGAGGACUGUAACUAUCUUCCAGUUUGUAAUUCGUGUAUCACAACACUUCAUGCUGGUCACAGAUUCAAGAAAACUUCAGAAGUGAAAGGAGGAAUUCUCGCCAAAUUACGGGAAAAGAAAGAAGAAAAUACCAGAAUUAAACAGAAAUUAGAGCAGGACCUCAGGAAAAAUAAAAAAGAAAUUCUUAGACAAAAUGAAAAUCAUUCACAAACCUUUCGUGAAAUAGAAAGUAGAAAGAAAGAGGUAAAAAAAGAAAUCGACAAGCAAGAAAAACAGCUUGAGGAUGAGUGUCAAAUCUAUUAUGAUAGAACAAUAGCUAAUUUACAGAAAAGUUCUGAAAACAUCAAACGAAGAAUUAAGAAGCGAACAAAAUAUGAAGCAGAUUUAUCAAGACUUAUGAACACUGACAAGGUGUCAGAUCUAGUAAGACAGUUCGAAUUAGUCACUGCUCCUGUUGAGGACGAAGUUGUUGUUCCAGAGAUGCCAUUACCAUCACCAAGAUUUAUCCCAGGAAACGGAUAUUCUCCUGUUGAAAUGUUUGGGCGUAUAGAAGAGCAACGGAAAACUCACCUCUAUGACAAAAUAGGGCCUAGGACGCGCAAUAAAGUGAUCACGCAUCCGACUGAAAAUGAUGACGAUGCAUACGCGAGCUUAACGCCAUCUAGAUGUAGUUCUUUCUCAAUGUCGUCAGGAUCAGCCAGCGUUCCCAGCCUGUGCGAGGAAGCUGCUUGCAACAUACCUCGAGUUUCCCUUAUUCAACAUUGUAAAAUAAAUAUUGAGAAAGACGCAGUCUACAUUGCUUUAUCUUCGAACUCAGAGAACUGCUGGGUGAAGAAUCAAGACCAAAGCAAACUAACUUUAGUCAAUAGAUCAGGAACAGAAAUGAAAGAGCAGAUUCCAUUUUCUGACAAAAUUGGGGGAUUUUCCGGUUUUCCUGGUGGUAAACUACUUGUUUGUUUGCCGGAUCAGAAACUCAUACAACAGGUUGAUACGUAUAGCGUUCUUGACAUCGUCAGCACAGCGCCAUUCACUCCGAGGUGUGUACAAUCUGGUCUCUUCGAUGGGAAGAUAGUAGCAAUUGUGUAUGAUCAAAGUAUCGCCCCAGAGCCGGGUCCAUGCGAACUUGUUAGAUACAACAGCAACGGAGAAGAAGAAAAACGAAUAAAUGUAGACAGGUUUGGAAAUAAUUUAUUCUACUGUUCAGAAAAAAUAUCUUUCAACAGAACAGGGACUAAAAUAGCAGUGCUCAACCAUCGUGGUCCACGAAGAUCUGAUUUGGUCAUCAUAAACAGGAAUUUAGAGCCAAUGUGGCGCUACUUCGGUGAUGCUCAAGCAUACCAAGGGCACGAAAAUAUCGACCCACGUCAUCUUCAGAAUGACACGAACAUGUGCUUGACCGACGUUGUGUUUGAUUAUAAGGACAAUGUGGUGAUAGCAGACAGAAAAACAAAUACUGUGAAACUGCUUAAUCAGAGAAUGGAGCAUCUGAAAAUUCUAGGGACCUACAUGGCGGCCCCCGUCGCUCUCGCAAUGGAUUAUCGUAAUCACAAUCUCUUCGUAAAGGAUGACAGUGACAAACUAUGCGUUAUGAGUCAUGUAGUUUAG